AUUAAAAUAUGAGUUCUGUUGGUCUUUAAUGUGUUAUUUUCAUGCAUGUACCACUUUGACUUCUCAACAGUUGUGAACAUAUUUGUUGCUUUUCAUUCAGUCAUUAGAGCUUUAAAGUGACGAUGUGUAUUUUCCCUGGCAAUAGGGAGCUGUACAUACUUAAAUUAUUGCAAGAAAGCAGUUUUUUGUGUUCGAGUAUGGCCAUUAGGGUCAAAAAUCCCUCGGUUCGCAACCUCCAGCAAAACUAACAAUCACAUCAGACUCUCUUUCAUCACUGGCAACGAGCGAAGAGGUAAUUGUGUAAAACAACAACGUUUAUGACUAGUGAAAAUAAGUAAAUGCAUUUUGUCCUCAUGGGCUCCUGUAGAAGGAAACAUGGCAUCUAAUAUGGCAUCGCCCAGAGACUUAGACCCACUCUAAUGUAUUUUUGACCUGAUUUUUAUGUUUAUAUGUUACAAAGUCACCAAUAUUUUUCAACUGGGCAUCAUUUAAUUCAUUUUCAACAACGUUUUGAUGCAUAUUUCUAGAGAUGAAUAGUAAAAACUACACAUUGUCUCUUUAAGCUCUUAGUAUUACCUUGUAACGUCACAGUAAUCAGUCAAUCAAUCAAUUUUAUUUGUAGGGCACCUUCCACAACGUUAUCAGAAGCCCAAGGUGCUGAACAGCAUCAUCAUAAAAACAUUCCCAGUACCUGGGCAUAAAAGCAAGAUAAAAAUAUAAAAUCAUAAAAUAACAAGCAAGCAAUAUUACAAAUACAGAGAGAUAACGGAAUAAGACUAAUCAAUUAAAAACAAAUGUGGACAAAAUAAAAUCAAGCGUCCUGAUCAAAAGAAGAAGUAUUAAAAACCAUAAUGUCAGGGCAGUUCAAAGAACCCUAGUGCUGAAAAGCAAUCAAAUAAAAAUGAGUAUUUAGACGAGACUUAAAGACUUGAAGGGACGGUGCCUGCCUAAUGCUCAAUGGCAAUUCAUUCCACAGAGUUGGAGCCAAAACAGAAAAUGCACGAUAACCCCUCGAUCGAUAUUUCGACCGGGGGACCACCAGACGUCCCUGCUCGGCUGAGCGAAGAGACCGAGAUGGAGCAUACCUGUGCAAAAGUGCAGUAAUGUAAGAGGGGCACUGCCCUGGAGGGCCUUAUAAACGAGAGUUAAGAUUUUAAAUUUAGCUCGGUAUUGCACCAGGAGCCAGUGCAGAGCAGCCAGCACUGGGGUAAUGUGCUCUCGACAUCUAGUACCUGUCAGGAACCUAGCCACUGAGUUCUGUACAAAUUGGAGCCAUGCAACCGUGCACUGGGCCAGACUAGCAUACAGAGCGUUACAGUAGUCCAGACGGGACAGGACGAAAGCAUGCAACACAGACUCCAGAUGAGCUCUGGACAGCAGAGGCCUGAUCCUGGAUAGUCGUUUCAGGUUAAAAAAAAAAACAGGACCUCACCACUGUAUUUAUGUGAGUGUCAAGAUUAAGUGAGGAGUCGAUUUUAAUCCCCAAAUUACUGACUAUUUUGUUUUCAUAGGGGGUCAAUGGGCCAAGGUCAAUAUCAGCACCUGAGCCAUUUCUUCUGCCAGGACAAAGUAUUAUGACUUCCGUUUUGCUCUCAUUUAGGUGAAAAAAAUUAGAAGCCAUCCAACAUUUUAUGUCCUUCAAACAGUCCAAUAAAGGAGAAACGGAUCUAUCCUCCCCACAUCGAAGAGGGAGAUAGAUCUGGCAGUCAUCAGCAAAAAAAUGAAAUUUCACAUUAUGCUGAGGAAGGAGGACUCCAAGAGGAAGCAAAUACACUGCAAAUAGGAGAGGACCAAGGACAGAGCCCUGUGGCACACCCCAACGAAGUCUCAGGCAGGGUGACGUCACCUCACCCAUCUGAACACUAAAUGUCCUGUCAUGAAGGUAUCCAAACAGAAUCAUCCCUGAUGAGGAAGAGUGUGGCCACCAGCACUGCAGAUGCACCAUGGGGGCCUGGUACCUCAGUGCCCAUCGGGUCUGUUCAUCUGAGGCCAAGUAAAAGACCUCGGUUAGAUGAAGAGGAUGAAGGGGAAGUCUCCAUAUUAAGACCUGAACCCCCUGAAUCCACCUAUGAUCCAGCCCAGUUAGUGAGCGCUGUUGCUGAGUCUUCACAGCUGAUUGAUAUGUCUUCUACUGGAUACAAAGACUCCAAGUACAUAGUAUUUGAGAAAAACCUCGUGGAACUUUUUGAAACGUGUCCAGUUUGCAGCCGUGUGUCGGAGGUGAAGACCUACAGACGAGGAACCUUUCUGUCUAUCCACCAAAAAUGCCAUCACUGCAGUUAUUCAAAGCAAUGGAAAAGUCAGCCAGUGGUGGGGAGCACCCCUGUGGGAAACAUCCAGCUCUCUGCUGCCAUAUAUUUCACCGGUUCUUCUUACUUUAAAGUGCAGAAGGUAUUUGAAGCCAUGCAUCUGCAAAAUAUUAGCUACACAACGUUCCGUAACCAUGCCAACAGUUAUCUGCAACCAGCUGUGAUCCACACAUGGCAGCAGUACCAAGAAGAAGAAUUACGGAUCCUGAGUCAAAAAAGAGUCAAGGUUGGAGGGGACAUGCGAGCAGAUUCACCAGGUCACUCUGCAAAGUUUGGACGUUAUAGUUUGAUGAAUCUGGAGAACAACAGCGUCAUCGACAUUCAGCUUGUCCAGAGCAGUGAGGUUGGUGGAAGCCCAAAGAUGGAGAUAGAAGGACUCAGAAGGAGCCUACGGCUUCUAUGGUCCAAGGGUGUGACAGUCGAUUUAAUUAUUACGGACCGCCACCCCCAGAUCCAAAAGUUCCUCCAAAAGAAAAAGAUAACGCACUACUGCGAUGUCUGGCGUUUACAAAACAGUAUUUCCAAGAGGCUGGCCAAAGUGGCUAAAGAUAAGGACUGUGAGGUGGUGAAGAAGUGGCAGCGUGGAAUCAGCAACCAUGCGUUUUGGUGUGCAACAUCGUCAUCCUCGGGGCCAGAGAGAGUCGCCAAAUGGACGUCCGUGGUGAACCACAUGCAAGACAUCCACGUCCACGACAAUCCCCUCUUUCCCCAAUGCCAACAUCCAGUCCGCCUGAGCAGCGAUCGUAACAAGUGGUUUCAGCCAGGUUCAAAAGCUCUCUUCAAAGUGGAGAAAAUCUUGACUAAUAAGAAGGUUCUCACGGAUGUUGCACAGCUAAGCUCGCAGUACCAGACGUCCUUUCUGGAUGCUUUCCACAACGUAGCGCUGCGCUUCACGCCCAGAAACGUGGUCUUUCCUCCCGGUGAGAGGCUCUGCAGACUUUAUUUGGCAGCAAUGCAUUUCAAUGAAAACUCGAGUCGCAUUCAAGUAGGAACAACUGCAGGAAAUUGGAGGAAUGCAACACAUUUCCCAAAGAAGGGAGGACACACGCUAGAGCCAGUGAAGACACCACCAACACAACGCUACGUUCACAACCUGAUAUCUGAUGUCUUUGAGGAGAUUGUCCCUCAUCCCCAGCCGUACUUAAAAAGGAUCCAAGAGAUCCAGCUCAGCUGUCAUAGGCCUUCGACCGUCCUCCACUGACAGGAGCUGGGGCUGCAUACAGGUCUCGUUUUUGGCAAGUGUAGCUGUAAAGGUACACACUGGCCUGUGUCCAGGAAUUUGCUUUGGAUCUGCAGGGCAACACAAACUGGAACAACUCUGACCUUUCUCCUGAAAUAACCCAGCACUAUCCCACAAAACAUCUGAAUGCCAGAUAUCAGCAGCCUGGAAAAGAGAGGACUUUUAAAGGUUGUACAAAGCUCUGAAGAGUGUAGUUUUUUUUUUAUGAAGUAGAUUAGAUUGUUUUAAUCUUUCAUAUUGCCUUCAGACAAUUUGUUUUAAUUAGACCAGAGUUUUGCAUUUGUUAAUACUAAUACAAAGUAAUCAAAUAAAUUUGAACUCUUUUCAAACAAAACAUGCAUCUCACCUUUCAUAACCAAUGGGGUCAUAAUCAGCUCUAUAAAUGUUUAACAGACUGGUUUUAAUCCUGGGUGGUGUCGGCCCAUCUUAGCUAAAGCUAUCGUCUUUCUCAUGACCCAAGGAAUCUCCUUGCAGCAUGUUCUCAGCCUCUAUUAGCAUCCUGGUGCACUUCCUGUAUGUGCACCUAUAAAUGUAUAUUAGUGUGUUAGUUGUGUGUUAUAAUUCAUGCAUCUUAUGAAAUACAGUGGCAUGUCCAGGCCUUUUGGAAUGGGGUGGCCCAUGGCCCAGGUGGGGAACUUAUUUAUGCUUACAAAAUCAUUUUAAUUUUUGUGAAUUUGUGAGCUCCACAUUUUGCCAUCAACAGCUGUACUGUGGUGGUUAGCAAGCCAAGUCUUGGUACAUUACCUCCACCAAAUAGGGUGGAGUAGGACUAGGACUCUAAAUACUAUUUGUCUAUAUGAAAACAAAUGUUCUGUAGGCGUGCUGCUGGAAACCAACGUUAAAGGUGUAGGCUACAACCUACUAUGUUGGGUUUUGUAAUUCCAAACCUUUUGUGGACAAUGUAAGUCAGUUUGAAUGGAACUCAACGGGGUGGCCAAUCAGAUUUCAAGGGUGGAAUCUGCCACCCCAGGCCUUUACCUGAUAAAAAUGUAAAUCAAAAAUUAUACAGCAUGGUGCAGAAACUUGUCAGUAAUUUACCAUUAAAGAAAUAACUUGUUAGAUGCAACGCCAGAUAUUUAAGCCCUUCUUUUAACGGAUUACGGCUUAGUUUAAGAAAACCCCACAUUUAAACUCAUAGAGAACUGUUUGACCCGAAGCCUAAUCAUGAGUCAGUAAUUGGUCUAGUGGGCUGAACCAAUGAUCUUUUUUUUUUAAUGUUUUAAUACAUCUUUAUUUUAUAUUACUUAAGAAAUUAAGACUGUUUGAAGUUCUCUCUGACCCCAGUAAGUGAAUCAGACAGACACCAGUGAAAGUUAUGGUUGAAGUAACUUUAUUGAAGGUAAAACUAAAAGAAACAGAGCCACCAGUUGAUUAUCAACCAUCAGCUUUGCAUCGAGACCCCAUGGCUACAAGAAGACAGUGUUCGAGUGGGCGUAAAACUAUCUGCUCAUCUACGGCUCCUAGGAAACUAAAGGGGGAACAAAAGAAAGGGAACCAGCUUUGUCCAAUGAUUCAACCUUACAAUCCAGUUUAUUAGCAGAAACAUCAGAAAUAACAGCCUACCUUUAUUAACAUGCAUUAAAUACAACAUGAAGUCUUAUAUUUAGUUUUAACAUGGAUAUAUACUGCUGUGCUUCUCUGUACACACUUGGAAUAAGAUACAACUCAGAACUCUUAUCCUAGUGAGCAGAACCUGUGUUACACCAUUUGUAAUUUUCCCAAUCAAAUACAGCAGACAUACACCAACCACUUCUAAUUCUUAGGAGGGCAAAAUGCUCCUUAAGGUCUAGACUGGAGAGGAGGGGAACCAGCCUGGUGACCAGCUGGAUCCUCCUCAUCAUCAGCGUGGGAAGGUGAACUGCAUCAGGGUCUAAGUGUGCGCAGAGGAAAUCAGGAUGACCAAUCUGUGGCUGAGCCACCAUUGUAUUUUUCGUUAUAAAAAGGAGUUUGUACUUGACAGAAACUGGUUUAUGACCUAGAGAGGAAACACUAUCUUCUUAUGAGCACGCAGGUGGGAAAAAUUAAAACAAAAACAGGAUAAAAUGCAUUGAUUAACCAAAAAACAAAACUAAGUGAAAAGGAAAAACAGAAUCCCAUAAUUUGACGUUUGAACCAGCAACAUUUCCACCCGCUUCCAGGCGACACCCUCACAUUGCGUACUUUUGUGUCCAUUCUUUUGCCAUUUUGAUGUAUCUGCAAGGAAGAAGAGAAACACUCAAUGUUUCUGCAGCAACCCCACUACUUCUGCAUCCUAACAAAGCACGCGUGCACACGGGCACCAUCAGGUUUUAGAUUCCAGCAUGAAUUAGAUCAAUAGCCAACAUCUACAGAACAUAGAAAUAAUGCAACUUUCUUCUCACAGGUGAAGAAUUCAGGAGGAAAUAUUUCAGUACCCUAUACAAAAUAACCAUGCUGUGGUUAGUGGCCUUGUCUCAUGCAUGUUCCACCAAGAUAAUCCAGUCUGGUCUUAAGGACUACUUUGGUCCCGUUAUUGCAUCGAUUCCAACAGAAACCUGAUCGUGUGUCGAUUUAGGACAAAGCAAGAGCUGAAAAUUCAUUAACUGUUGCACACAAGGCCCAGAGGACUCCAGGUGCCUUUGCCAAUGCACGUUUGAAAACUUAAAAGGCUGUGCAGGAAUAUUUUGGUAACCAAAAAAAAAAAAAAAACCACUUGCAUAAAACCAAGAUGCAUGUUAAGAGACUGAAGCAGAACAGAUGAGUUACUGCGUUUACACUGGAACUAGAAUUUUUUUCUUUACACACAAAAAUGGGAAAUCAGCUGCAAGUCUCCAUUUAACCACAGAGACAAAAAUAUAUCUGCGCUCACAACACCAAGAUGCAGCGCUGGCCCGUAGCCUUACCCUAAAGCAUGGCAUACUUGGUUGUCCACUCCUGAGCUAGUUUAUUGUACCUAACAAAGUGAAACCACAUUACACAAGAAUUCCCAGAAGGAAAGGUGUGACCCCCCCCAUCCCGAUCAAUCAUUGAUAAGCCUCUAUAAAAUUUGCUCUGGGUGACAUUUCUUCAGAAGUAACAGGCGACAGUUUAAUCCCAAACACCACUUACUUCUGACUAUCUGUUUUGUAGAUUCGUGCGAUCUCUGGCACUAGUGGGUCAUCAGGGUUUGGGUCACAUAGCAGUGAGCAAAUGGAGAGAAGAACUGAAAGAGAGUUUGUUUUAAUCAAUAAUGAGAAGAUGAAACACAGAACAGUAAUCACAGUCGCUGGCCGUUAACACUCAUACCUUUAGAAAUAGUAAGUGCAGGAGACCACUGUGAUCUGAGAAUAUCCAGACAGAUACUGCCAUUACUGUUAAUAUUUGGGUGGUAAAUUCUUGUUGUAAAAGCAACCUGAAAGAAGGAAAAUACAGUUUCAAAAUCAGCAGUCACACAAUUUAAAUUUCUGUCCAGUUUUAGAUCCCAAGAACAUGACUGGGCAGAGAUGCCUUUCAGUAAAGAAGAAGAAGAAAAAAAAAA